GAAAAUUGAUUGCUCUUUGGGUUGUGCUCUGUAGGGUUUGAAAUUGGGAUUCAGUGGAACGAAAGCGUGAGUAGACGAUGAUGGCAUUGGGAAGGAGUUCGAGUUUUGCAGAGGAUGGUGGGAAUUAUUCGGAAUGUUCGCCGGAUUUGCCUGAAACGUGUAGCCAGGAUAAUGAUGGUUCAGAGCUGAUCGAAUGCUUGCAAAGGAUCGGCAGGAAACGAAUUCGCGUUCCAAGUCGGUCGGGCAUGGCGGCGGUCGAUCUCCGCUGUGAUAGCAAGUGCCUGAAAUCGAUGGCAUCAACGAAUUCAGGGUGUGGUGAGGAAAGCUUGAAUCUCGAAGCUCUGCCUCUGGACGUUUUGGUUCAGAUUAUGUGUGGAGUCGAAUAUGAUGAUCUGAUGCAGCUAUUUCUAGUCUCCAAGGGAAUCAGGGAAGCUGCCUUGAUUGCUAAGGAAAGUCAUUUUGCUUUCAGCACUCCCAAACCAAAACGACGUGCAACAAGAUCCAAUUCAUCUGACUCAUUUGGCCCAAGUUCACUGAAGUUGGAUGAAACUGAAGCACCAAAUGCUCCAAUUCGACGUGAGUACUGGAAGACCAGAGCAGGCAAGAAAUUUGCUGAAAUUUCAGUGAAUUUGUUUCCAUCGGCUUCGGAAUUUUGAUAUACAGUUCUGAGAUUGAAGCAUUAUUCACCCUCUGUUUAUGUUGCUCCUGUGAAGAUUAUGUAUAGAUACGGAGGCGGGCACAAUGGUGUUUGGGUAUAAUUUUUUUUUUUCAAUUCUUUGGGCUCAAUGAUAUUGGGUAUAUCUAUUCUUUGUCAAUUCUUUAGCCAUAAGUAAAACCUUCCGUCAAUUUUCUCACUUGAUGGUUGGCACGGUAUGUACUGUAAAGCGCAGUGGAAGAAGUAACAGCAUCUACAAGCUCUGGUGAGCCCUUUCUUUUUUUUCUUUUUUGGGUUCAGAAAUAAUCCACUGUAGGCUCGUUUGUUUCUCGUUGUAUUAUAUGUGCAUUUCUUAUGUUGGAAAGUGUGCUUUCUGUUCAAUUUUAUUUGAUCUUUCUAUUCA